CCGGUGUGAGGCGGUGCUGUCGGCGACAGGCUUCACAGAUCUAAACAGAGUCUUCUGGACAUCUCACACAACUGAAAAUACUCGUGAAUUUACCCGACAGCAGAGGAUUCAGAUCUGAAGUGUAUCCGAUGCGCUCCUGAGGAAUGAGCCCUUGCUGACAGCACACUCCUGGGACCCUCUCACUCUUCUGACACAGGAGUGGUUUUUGCAGUAAUCAUGGCAGCGCUGGCGUUCUGGGCCGGAUCGCUGUCCUUCGCUGGACUGCUCAUUUUCCGCCUUCUCUUUUUGCCUGUGGUCACAUCACAGGCACCAUCAUCACCCGCAGACACCCCUGACCCGCAGCCUGAAGAGUGCCGCAGAAAAAUGCACCCUGUUACCUCCUACACAGCUUUGAGUCCGUGGCUCUUCUCGUUCUCUGUGCCUGGAGUGAACGACUACUCACCGCUCACACUCGACCUCAGCAGGAGCCAGCUAAUAGUGGGAGCCAGGAAUCAUCUCUUCCGGCUGAGUUUGAGUAACAUCUCUCUUCUGCAGGCAACAGAAUGGGGUGUAGACGAAACCACCAGGAGAUCCUGCCAGAGCAAAGGAAAGACCGAGGACGAGUGCCAGAAUUAUGUACGAGUCCUGCUGCUGAGUGGCAGUCGUUUGUUCACCUGCGGGACGAACGCCUUCAUGCCCGUCUGUGUGACGCGUCCCGUGACGGACAUCAGCAGCGUUCUGGACUCCAUAAGCGGUGUGGCUCGCUGUCCUUACGACCCUCGACACAACUCCACAGCCAUGAUCACCGAGAGCGGAGAGGUGUACGCCGCCACUGUGACCGAUUUCUCCAGCCGGGACCCCAUCAUCUACCGCAGCCUGGGGAACAUGCCGCCCCUGCGCUCCGCACAGUACAACUCUAAAUGGCUCAACGAUCCUCACUUCAUCUCGGCGUAUGAGGUGAGCCGUUUCACAUACGUGUUUCUGCGAGAGAACGCAGUGGAGCAGGAUUGUGGGAAGACGGUUUUCUCUCGUGUGGCUCGCGUGUGCCAGAACGAUAUCGGUGGUAGGUUUCUCCUGGAAGACACGUGGACCACAUUCAUGAAGGCCCGGCUGAACUGCUCCCGCUCUGGAGACGUUCCCUUCUACUACCAUGAGCUGCAGAGCACUUUCUACCUGCCCGAACAGGACCUCAUCUACGGGGUCUUCACCACCAAUAUAAACAGUAUUGCUGCGUCAGCCGUGUGUGCGUUUAACCUCAGCGCCAUCACUCAGGCCUUUAACGGGCCUUUCCGCUAUCAGGAGAACCCUCGCACCAGCUGGCUGUCCACUCCAAACCCCAUCCCAAACUUCCAGUGCGGGACGGUGAAUGAUUCGGGUCCGGGUGCUAAUCUGACAGAGCGCAGUCUUCAAGACGCCCAGCGGCUCUUUCUGAUGAGCGAUGUGGUUCAGCCCAUCUCCACAGACCCGCUGGUCAUGCAGGACAACAUCCGCUUUUCCAAACUGGCGGUGGACAUCGUUCAGGGCAGAGACACGCUUUACCACGUCAUGUACAUCGGCACAGAGUAUGGCACCAUCAUCAAGGCCUUGUCCACUAAUAAUAAGAGUCUGCGUGGAUGUUAUUUGGAGGAGAUGAACAUUCUGCCAGAAAACACACAGGAGCCCAUCCUGAACCUGCAGAUUCUGCACAGCGAUAGAUCUCUGUUCGUGGGGCUUCCCAGCAGAGUGUUGAAGAUCCCUCUAGAGAGAUGCUCCAACUACAACACUGAACAGGAUUGUCUGGGUGCCAGGGAUCCAUACUGCGGCUGGGACCGUAAAGAGAAACGCUGCACCACCAUUGAGGACAGCUCCAACAUGAGCCAGUGGAGUCAGAACAUCACAAAGUGUCCUGAGAGGAACCUCACUCAGGAUGGCGGCUUCAAUGAUUGGUCAGCAUGGCAGGCUUGUAACCAUGACGACGGAGGGGAAGGCACCAGCACAUGCCAGUGUCGCACCCGGGCCUGCGAUCACCCUCGGCCUCAGUGUGGAGGACUGAAGUGUGUCGGGGCUAAUAUAGAGGUGGCCAACUGCUCCAGGAAUGGUGGCUGGACACCCUGGUCGUCUUGGGCCGAGUGCAGCACCAGCUGUGGGAUUGGGUUUGAAGUCCGUCAGAGAUCCUGUAACAACCCUUCACCUCGACACGGAGGACGCGUGUGUGUAGGACAGGCUCGAGAGGAGAGACUGUGUAAUGAGAAGAAUCCAUGUCCUGUGCCGGUGUCCUGGGUCUCUUGGAGUGCCUGGUCCAAAUGUAGCGUGGCCUGCGGUGGUGGAGUCCAAUCCCGCGUCCGAACCUGCGAGAAUGGCAACACGUGUCCUGGAUGUCCUCUGGAGUAUAGAGCGUGUAAUUUGGACUCGUGUGCCGAAGUGAGGCGAACGACACCGUGGACCCCCUGGUAUCCUGUUAAUGUGACUCAGCUGGGAGCCCGGCAGGAGCAGAGAGUCCGGUAUACCUGCAGGGCUCUGCUGGCGGACCCUCACGACUUACAGCUCGGCAAACGCAAGAUAGAGACGCGUCUCUGUCCCACCACUGAUGGAGCUGCUGCCUGCGAGACUGACGGUCUGGUUGAGGAUUUGUUGAGAAUGGGUCGACCUGUAACACGAGUGCAAGGAGCCGCCUGGGCAUCAUGGGAAACAUGGUCUACAUGUUCAAAAGAAUGUUCCAAAGGUUUCCGCACACGCAAACGCUCCUGUGCCGCACCGGAUGGCAAGAGCACACCGUUCGCCUGCAGCGGAGCUCCGGUCGAGUAUCAGGACUGCAACACUCAACCCUGCCCAGUGAAGGGGGCAUGGUCAUGCUGGUCUUCCUGGUCUCAGUGCUCUAAUUCCUGUGGUGGAGGUCAUUACCAGCGCUCCCGUUCCUGCUCGAACCCUGCCCCGGCUUAUUCUGGAGACAUCUGCAUCGGCCUGCACACUGAGGAGGCGCUCUGUAACACACACGAGUGUGAAGGUGGGUGGGGGGCGUGGUCAGAGUGGGCGGAGUGUAAUGGGGAGGGGCUUCAGCUCCGGGCUCGUACAUGUGAAAUAAGCCCCGCCUCCUGUCUAGGAAACUCCACGAACCAGAGACAGUGUCGGCCCAAUGAGAGCGCAGUGCUGUCAAAAGGACAGAAGAGGAGCACAAACUGUGGAGGGUUUUCUGUCUUCCACCUGGUUCUGACUGGCGCGUGUUGUUUUCUGGGAGCCGUUUUAAUGUCCAUCCUGGUCUAUGUGUACUGUCAGAGACUCCGCAAACCUCCUCAAGAAUCUGCAGUCAUCCAUCCCAGCACCCCCAACCAUCUCCAUUAUAAAGACAACAGCUGCGCGCCCAAGAAUGAUUUAUACACACCCAUGGAGUUCAAGACUCUCAAUAAGAACAACCUGCUUCCACCAGAUGAAAGCUGCAACUUCUUCCCGUCGCCUUUACCACAGACCAACGUCUACACCACCACAUAUUACCCAUCUCCACUUGGCAAAUACGACUUCCCUUCAAUGGAUUCACCAUGCAGCUUCAUGCACAGCUGAUGCGCAAAAACACACACACUCUUUUCCCCAUCUCAUGCUUUCUCAGGGUGAGUGACUGACUGCGCUCACACACCCUCAUCAGUCCAUGCAGACGCAACGCAUGGAUCCACACGAAGGUCGAGCGCAUAAUCUGCAUCUCAUUAUAUGCGGGAAUAUGCGAAGGAGUGAUGUUGGGAUAAGACGAGCCCAUGUAGAUUUUUUUGUUGUUGUCGUAGCAUUUCCUUUCCUAAAUGUCAUCUCAGACUGGAAGUCACGGGUUCAGUCGUACACACGUGUCGUAAUAACUCACAAAAGCAUGCACACUUCUUAAAGAGCGAGAGGAACUCUGGGAUAUUGGCUAUUCAAGCUUAAAAAUAGGCAUGUGUGUUGUUUCGUAAUAGAACGAACUCAACACAGAACUCGAUGAAGCGUCGAUAAACAUCUCACAGUACGCCUGAACAUCUGUUUCCCUUCAUUUCUCUCCUGCUCCAGAACUCAGUGUUGAGAUACAUGGAUUACAGUAAUGCUACUGGUUAUUGUACAGAGAUGUACAGUAUGAAGGCGUCUAAUGAAAGACUCAAGCUCAUAUGAUGUCCACACACCGUUACACAUCUGUUCACCAGUGUGAAGAUGUCUGUCAGACGCUUGAUAAAGGGAUCAUUCGAGCGAAUGUGACAGAUCUGCCAUCAUUUCCUCAACCUCGUGUCAUCACAAACAUGUAUGAGUUUCUUUCCUAUGGCAUACAGUAGGAGAUUUCCUCUGUGGAUUAAUUGCAGGAUAUAAUGAAGCCUUUUUCACAUUUCCGAGUUUCUCAGUAGGGGAAGUCGUCAUAAUUGGGUAAACUUAGGGGAGAGUACAACAAAUCAUUGUUUUACAAUCACAUUUGCUUAAAUAAUAAUAGAAAAUCGCUACAAUGGUGUUAUUAAGACGUUCGGAAAAAGGAAAACAAUAUUGUGAGACUGAUAACAGCAGCCGGAAGAGUGAACAACGUCAAAUUUACGGUCUCGCCCACAUAGAUUCUGCAUUAGAAACACACCUCGCACAAACGGUAAUUCGUUAUUUUGUAAUUUGACGCAAAGAUUAUAUAGUACAUACAUCCAUUCAUUCAUUUUCCUUCUGCUUAGUCUCUAUUUCAGAGGUACAUAUAAAGACAUAUAAAUAUACAGGGCAUGACAUUAACACCUGCCAACCUGGCAAAUGCGGGUAGAUGUCAGCUGUGGCGGGUUAGACAGACACCCGCACUAGCCACUUUGGUUGGUUAAAAAUAAUGUUUUAAUUACCAUUGCUGCCUCGUCCCUAAAGAUUAGAAUUUUAGUUUAAGACCGUUUGUCAGUAUAUGUGCAAAUGUGCUCUUAGAAUCGAGAAGCAGCACGAUUGAUAACUGUUCACGCGAGCAAAAGAAAGCAGGUGAACACCGAAUGAGAGAAUGAUCAGGUGCAUGGUGAGACACAACCUCUGUGAAGUUGGUAUCAUAUAAAAAUAAAUAAUCCCCAAAACUAUGCCAUUCAUUUGUGCUACGUUUUUGCCGCAAAAACGAACGUUUGUGCUGAUUUGGGCUCUGAGAUAUUAAGAAUUAUUUUUUGGACCGUGUGACGUCACUUUCCACCCCAUGUUGCUCAAAUCACUCCAAAUCAACACAGUUAGUUUGUGCUCGAUUUGUGCCAUUAAAACAAACACUGUAUCUGUUUUCCUUGUUUAGAUAGAACCAAAAUAUUUUAAGAGCAGUGACGUCACUCUCCACCCCCUUUUCUCUAAAUCGCACAAACCUGGUGUCAUUCGUUUGUGCUGGAUUUGUGCUGGUUUGUAUCGUUAAAAUAAACACUCAUCUAUUUUUAUUGUUUAGAUUGAGCCUAUUCAAAAUAUUUCAGGAGCUGUACGUCACUCAACUUCAAAAUAAUGCUUAAUAUCUCAGACCUCAAACUAGUACAUAAGUUCGUUUUUGCGGCACAAACGUAGCAGAAACGAAUGGCAAAGUUUUAGGGAUUAUUUAUUUUUAUGGGGUGCCAACUUCACGGAGGUUCAGGCGAUCCUCACUCACUGACGUUGUGACUGAGACACAGCUGAUGUGAUGCGCACGAGUGCUUAAAAGCUCCCGUUUCCUUGAGCAAAACAACCAUGUCUGAAAACACAACUGGUGUGAUCGCUUCUCUCUGAAAUAGAUUGGAAAAAAAAUCGGUGCUCGUGCAGCCACAGUCCUGCUGCUUUCAAGAGAGCUCCAGAUUUAGUGUAUGCAGCAGCGGUUGCCGCUUUCACUUUAACCAUAUUUUGAACAGAUUAUUACUGAGCUGAGCACGUGAUCAUCCUUUCAUUAUCGCACACAGAAUGUUUUUCACCUGCUUUCUUUUACCUGCAGUUAUUUUUGUUAAUAUGGUUUAGUUAUCAUCCUUUACAAUAACAUUGCUUUAAUAAGAGAUUAACUCUCCAUUUAUCUAUAGUUACCUGGUGAUCUGAGACCUUUAGUCUGGACAAACUACUGUGUACAGUUCUAUAAUGGAUAAAUGGCAAUAUUUUUAGAUGUCAAUUGUUUUUAAGAGCAUUUUAGUUGAAUAAGAAGUGUAUAUAUACAGCUAUAUUUAGCUAUUUAGUUUUGUAUGGAAUAAUAUCACUGUCAUAAAUAUUUCGUUGACUUAAUCAACAGAUGUCCUGUUAUAGUUGAACACCGUUCAGUGAUUCCCUGAAAGACUCUGCGCUCGCUGCCUGUAAUGUUAGCUCUCUAUCCUCGGCCCUUUCUUAAUUUUGAUUCUGUAAAAUGUCCAAGAAACACAGCGAAAAUGGACCUCAUUAAGUCUCAACCUUUAUUACAGCUCAUGACGGACAUUUCUCAAAGAGGGAAUAACAGAAAUCUUGCCCGAGACAGUGUGUGUGGAGCUCGAGUGUCCAGCAGGCGCGCCAUUGUGAUCGUUGACUCUCGCUUGUUUAUUAAUGCCUGUGACAGCGGUGACGUAAUUUUGAAAGUGAAGUGUCGCUGUUUGAUUCGUACUCGUAAUCAGGACUUUGUGUCUGGGAGAAACUGUAAUUCGUGUGUGUAAAGUACACCCAUCGUAAAUUUAUCAGUCGUAAAUAAACAGACAAAGAAAAUGUCGUAUCUGUGUCUGUUCUAAUCACAGAUUUUGAAAUUGUACCCUCGUAAAAUUACGAGUACGUUCCGUUUUCCUUUACGAUUUUAUAAUUACGGAUGCGUGAAUUUUAUUUACGCACGAAAUAUUUAUGACAGCGAUUUUAUUCCAUAGUUUUGACACAUUAUUCAAGAUUUGUGGCAAGGACAUAAGUAGUUUGGUGUGGCCAGAAAAAAAUUAGCUAAUUCUUCGUGUUGAGCCCUUAAAAAAGUUCUUAAUUAACGUAGAGGCAUGUGGACGUAACACAAAAAUUAAAAUGUAGUCAUUUUUAGCAUGCAAAAGUCAAAUUUAUGCAUAUAAAACAUUUUCCCAACAACACAAUUGUCGCUAGUGAAAAUGGCGAGUGGCUAGUAACGCUGGAAAACUAGUAGCCACAGUGGCUGGUGAUCAAAAAAGUUCACGUCAAGCCCUGUAAAUAUACAUAUGUUUUAAAAAUAUAUAUAAAUAAUAAAAACGUUCAAGGAUUUAAGAUUAUGAUGACCGCUAAACGCAUCGUAACAAUCUUGUGAAAGGGUCCAUAGGGCUGCACGACACUGGACAAAUCUGAUAUUACGAUAUUUUGUUUUUCUGCAAUAAAUAUUGCGAUAUGACUACAGUUUCACAAGAUGGUUUAAAUAGCUCUAUUGAUGGUUUUCUGGGCACGUCAUGAUUUUGCCAAGUACGAUGUGAUCCAGGAUUAACAUCUAUGUCGAUCCUGGAACAUCAUAUCUGUUGAAAAAUGUAAUCCAUACCUAUUCCCUACCCCUAAACCCAACCAUAACUGAUAAUUGUUCCCAAAAUCAGAGGUGAGUUAGACAACAAUCAUGUAGAAGUGCAUAACUCUAACCGUAAGCCUAAACUUAACAUAAACGAUAAACAUACCCCUUAAAUCUGAUUGGCUGAUUGGAAUGUUGUUUCAGGAUCAGCACAGAUGUUCAUCCAGGAACAUGUCCUACUUGGUGAAAUCAGGUUGGAGGUUUUCUGGGGCGUCUAACAGCAUUCAGGUACAAUUGAAUAAUCACAAUGCAAAAGCAAUUCUACUUUCUUGUUCAAUUAUCUAAAAAUUGUAAAUCAACAAUUGAUUGUAAAUCAAAAUGUAGAUCAAGUUAAAAUAUGAGUCAAAAUUUGCAGUUUUUAAUUAAAACAAGCUAAAUUAUCUGCCAAUGGGGUAAUUAAAACAAUCUUAUUUCCGCUUUGAAAUGUAGAUAUUUGGACUAGAAACAAGACAAAAAAUUGUAAUAAUUAAAAACAAUUCAUCUUUGUAAUGGGUGGCACGGUGGCUCAGAGGUUAGCACUGUUGCCUCACAGCAAGAAGGUCACUGGUUUGAGUCCCGGCUUGGCCAGUUGGCAUUUCUGUGUGGAGUUUGCAUGUUCUCCCCGUGUUGAUGUGGGUUUUUUCCAGGUGCUCCGGUUUCCCCCACAGUCCAAACACAUGGGCUAUAGAUGAAUUGAAGACACUAAAUUGGCGGUAGUAUAUGAGUGUGACUGUGUAUGGGUGUUUCCCAGUACUGGGUUGUGGCUGGAAGGGCAUCCGCUGCGUAAAACUUAUGCUAGGUGGUUCAUUCCACUGUGGCGACCUCUGAAAUAGAGACUAAGCAGAAGGAAAAUGAAUGAAUGGAUGUAUUUUGUAUGUAUUUUGAUUCAUUAAAGUGUUUGAAAGAGUAGCUUCAGUAAAGAAAGUAAAAAAGGUUUUGACAUGACUAAACUAUGUCAGGAUGUUUAAUUUUAUGCAAAUUAUUUCUUUAAAAUGAAUGGUAUGAAACAGCUCAGUGUUCUGUUGAAACUAAAGGGAUGUAAGUUUGUAAGUGUGUAUAUUUGUAGCUGCCAUUAUAUAUUUAUACACAGAUGUUUUUUGGAUGGAAUCAGGUAUUUUUCCUGCUAUAACUCACAGCAAACACAAGACUUCUGUUGACUGAGUCAUAUGUACAGUGUUCACAUUUUUCUGUCUAUGUUCCUGAUUCAUGAAAAUGUCUUCUGGAGUAUUUGUGUCGAUUCUUUCCUUUGAGUCCAGAUGAACUUUGAUGCGGACUAGAGUCUGGCUGUAAACAGUGUUUGUGUUGACUGGAGGACGAGCAGAAGUGAGCGCUGAUGGACUUUUAUCCGCUGAUGUUGCAUAGAUGCAGACAGACAGACAGACAGGUCUCUAUGCAAUGAAAACACGAUCACUGCCUUUAUACACUGUGAACCUUUUGCUAUGUUUUAUAUGUUGUACAUUGUAAAAAAAAAAUAAAGAAAUAUCCAACUG